AUGGCUUAUUCUUCUUUCCAUCCUUAUUAUCAAGCUCUUGCUUGGAACAAGAACCUACCCCCAAGUCCUUUUGCACUUCCAAGCCUAGGCCACCUCCAUCUCCUCAAGGAACCUCUCCACCGAUGCAUCUUCACCCUCUCACAAAACCAUGGUCCAAUCUUCUCCCUCCAGCUCGGCUCCCGCCUCGCCGUCGUCGUGUCAUCACCCUCCGCCGUGGAAGAAUGCUUCACCAAAAACGAAAUCAUUUCUGCUAACCGCCCUCUCUUUUGGGCAGGCAAGUAUGUUGGCUACAACUACAUCAAUGUAGGCUUAGCUCCAUAUGGUGACCAUUGGCGCAACCUUCGUCGUAUAUUCAGACAUGAAAUACUCUCUCCAACUUGCUUGAAAUUGUCUUCGGCAAUUCGGAUGGACGAAGCCAGGAUUUUACUGACAAAAUUGUACAAUGUUGUUUCUAGCCAGGAUGAUAGUUUCGUCAAGGUAAAGUUGAAACCAAUGUUGUCAGAAUUCACAUUCAAUAUCAGAAUUUUUGCAGGAAAACAAUACAAUAUUGGAGAACAAGUGACAGGAAAACUAGAAGGAAAAAGACUACAGAAGCUUGUAGAAGAUCUUUUUCAGAUGGGAGUCUCAGGAAAUGUAGGAGAUUUUUUCCCUUCAUUGCAGUGGAUUGAUUUUCAAGGAUUCAAGAAGAAUACAGUGAGACUUUUCAAAGAAACAGAUGCAUUCUUGCAAGAUUUGAUUGAUGAGCAUAGAAUGAAUAAAGGUGAUUUUGAGAGGGAAAGCACCAUGAUCAGCCACUUGCUUUCUUUGCAAGAAUCACAGCCUCAGUAUUACACUGAUCAAAACAUCAAAGCCCAGAUGAUGGACAUGCUAAAUGCAUCCAUCGAUACAAUAAUGUCAACGGUAGAAUGA